AUGGAGGCCGACGAGGGGCCCGAGUGUGGCCAGCCUGACUUUGUGCUUUUGGAGCAAGUGACCCUGGAAGCCUUCAUGAAGAAUCUGAGAGCCAGGUUCGAGAAGGGCCAGAUCUACACCUACAUUGGCGAAGUGCUGGUGUCUGUAAACCCCUACCAGGAGUUGCCCCUGUAUGGAGCUGAGGCCAUUGCCAAGUACCAGGGCCGAGAGCUCUAUGAGCGGCCACCCCAUCUCUAUGCUGUAGCCAAUGCUGCGUACAAGGCCAUGAAGCAGAGGUCUAGGGACACCUGCAUUGUCAUCUCAGGAGAGAGCGGGGCAGGUAAGACGGAGGCCAGCAAGCACAUUAUGCAGUACAUCGCCGCAGUCACCAACCCCAGCCAGAGGAAUGAGGUAGAGAGGGUCAAGGAGGUGCUGCUCAAGUCCACAUGUGUGCUGGAGGCCUUCGGCAAUGCACGUACCAACCGCAACCACAACUCGAGCCGGUUUGGCAAGUACAUGGACAUCAAUUUUGACUUCAAAGGAGACCCGGUGGGCGGCCACAUCCACAGCUACCUGCUGGAGAAGUCUCGGGUCCUCAAGCAGCAUGUGGGGGAGAGGAAUUUCCACGCCUUCUACCAGGUGCUGCGAGGGUGCGAGGACGAGGAGCUAAGAUUGUUGCACCUGGAGAGGAACCCCGCACUGUAUAACUUCACCCGCCAGGGAGCGGGGCUCAGUCCCUUGGACACGGAUGAGAGGAGCCACCAGCAGACAGUGACAGAGGCUAUGAAGGUGAUUGGCUUCAGUGCAGAGGAGGUGGGCUCAGUGCACCGGAUCCUGGCCACCAUUCUGCACCUGGGAAAUAUCGAAUUUGUGGACGUAUCAGAUGAUGGACCAGAGCAGGAGCAUACAGCAGUGGUGGAUGAGGAGCUGGUGGACCAUAUAGCCGAACUGACCGCCACGCCCCGGGACAUGGUGUUACGUUGCUUGCUGUCGCGCACGGUGGCCUCAGGAGGUCGGGAGCUCAUCGAAAAGGGCCACACAUCAGCAGAGGCUAGCUAUGCCCGUGAUGCCUGUGCCAAGGCCAUCUAUCAACGACUCUUUGAGUGGGUGGUGGGCCGGAUCAACAGUGUCAUGGAGACUCGAGACCGGGACCCCAGACGUGAUGGGAAGGACACAGUGAUUGGUGUGCUGGACAUCUACGGCUUUGAGGUGCUCCCUGUCAACAGCUUCGAGCAGCUCUGCAUCAACUACUGCAAUGAGAAGCUACAGCAGCUCUUCAUCCAGCUCAUAUUGAAGCAGGAGCAGGAGGAGUACGAGCGGGAGGGCAUCGCCUGGCAGACGGUGGAGUAUUUCAACAACGCAGCCAUUGUGGAACUGGUGGAGCGUCCACACCGGGGCAUCCUAGCCGUGCUGGAGGAGGCCUGCUACACCGCAGGCACCGUCACCGACCGCCUCUUCCUGCAGACGCUGGAUACGCACCAUCGCCACCACCCACACUACAGCAGCCGCCAGCUCUGCCCCACAGACAAGACUAUGGAGUUUGGCCGCGACUUCCGGAUCAAGCACUAUGCUGGGGACGUCACGUACUCAGUGGAUGGCUUCAUCGACAAGAACAGAGACUCCCUCUUUCAGGACUUUAAGCGGCUCCUGUACAACAGCAAGGACCCUAUCCUGCGGGCCAUGUGGCCAGAUGGGCAGCAGGACAUCACGGAGGUGACCAAGCGGCCCUUGACGGCAGGCACACUCUUCAGGAACUCCAUGGUGGCCCUGGUGGACAACCUGGCUUCCAAGGAGCCCUUCUAUGUCCGCUGUAUCAAGCCCAACGAGGACAAGGAGGCUGGGAAGUUGGAUGAGGGCCACUGCUGCCACCAGGUCACAUACCUGGGGCUACUGGAGAAUGUGAGAGUGCGCAGGGCGGGCUUUGCCUCCCGGCAGCCUUACUCCCGCUUCCUGCUCAGGUACAAGAUGACAUGUGAGUACACGUGGCCCAACCACCUGCUGGGCUCCGACAAGGCAGCCGUGGGCGCCCUCCUGGAGCAGCAUGGGUUGCAGGGCGAUGUGGCCUUUGGACACACCAAACUCUUCAUCCGUUCUCCACGGACACUGGUCACUCUGGAGCAGAGCCGCACCCGCCUCAUCCCCAUUAUUGUGCUGCUGCUGCAGAAGGCAUGGCGGGGCACCCUGGCCCGGUGGCGCUGCCGGCGGCUCCGGGCCAUCUAUACCAUCAUGCGCUGCUUCCGGAGGCACAAGGUACACUCCUACCUGGCUGAGCUGCAGCGGCAGUUCCAGGCUGUACGGCGGCCCCCACUCUAUGGCCGAAACAUGGUGUGGCCCCUGCCCCCUGCUGUGCUUCAGCCUUUCCAAGACACCUGCCAAGCGCUGUUCUGCAGGUGGCGAGCUCAGCAGCUGAUAAAGAACAUUCCCCCUUCUGAUGUGGCCCAGAUCAAAGCCAAGGUGGCUGCACUGGGUGCCCUGCAGGGACUGCGGCAGGACUGGGGCUGCGGGCGGGCCUGGACCCAGGACUACCUGUCCUCAGCCACGGACAACCCCACAAACUCGGGCCUGUUCGCUCAGAAGCUGAAGAGCCUGAGGGACAAAGAUGGCUUCACCACAGUUCUCUUCUCCUGCCACGUGCGCAAAGUGAACCGCUUCAGCAAGCGCCGGGACCGGGCACUCCUGCUCACAGACCGGCACUUGUACAAGCUGGAGCCAGGCCGGCAGUACCGUGUGAUGCGGGCACUGCCCCUGGAUAUGGUGACUGGACUGAGUGUGACGAGUGGGCAAGACCAGUUAGUGGUGCUGCAUUCAAAGGGACAUGAUGACCUCGUAGUGUGUCUACACCGUGCCCGGCCCCCCAAGGACAACCGUGUGGGCGAAUUGGUGGGCGUUCUGGCAGCACACUGCCAGGGGCAGGGCCGCCCACUAACUGUGCUUGUUUCUGACUGUAUCACUCUGAGCCAACGUGGGAAGCGGCGCCUCCUUUCAGUGGAGCAGAGUCCUGAGCAGGCUGAGCCUGACUUCCGCUGUGGCAAAGGGACCUUCACGCUGCUUUGGCCGGGCCCCUAA